AUGCUCAGGUUGGCCCUGCGGUGCUCGGGCAUCGUCGCCCCGGCCGCACUGUGCGACGCCGCGUGGUCGGCGGUGAUGGCGACGGCGGCUUCGGCCGCGUGGGACGCGCGGCGGUGCCGGGCGACGAGCGCCUCCGCGGCGACGCCGCCGAAGGGCUUCGGCCCCGGCCGGGGUCACGGGACUGCGGCGCCGCACGCGGGCGUCCCAUCGGCGGCGGGACACGCGCACAGUCACGGCGGCCACAACGCGGCGGCGCCCGCCGUCAGCGUGUCGCACCCGCCCGGCGGUAACACCGGCGGCGGCCACCGCAACGGCGGUCACAUCAGCGGCAGCAGACGGCGGCGGCGGCGGCGGCGUGGGGAGCGGCAGUAA